GUCUGUCUUAUUUACAGGGAGGUUCGUUUGCGUAGACUUAAGUAGGUACUUUAACCCUACCUAAGCUCACCCUCAUCGCAUCUUCAUUGUUAUUACCUAGAUAUCAUAACUUUAUCCUAACAAUGUCUACCACAAAACCCUUUAACCCCUUUCACUCAGAGCUGCUCAUAUACCGUGCUGUUGAAGAUACAAUCGAGGAUAAGUCGUUUGUAAACUCUAUCCAGAGCGACGCAGAAGCGCAAUCCGGUUCUAGUUAUGGACUCCUGCGCCCAGAGAGCAUGAAGACGAGCGACGAGUUCAAGAAGCAUGUAGCUGAAAAAUGUCUUCUUGGAGCUAUUAUUUGUCUACCGUACGAUUCUCGGGAACCACUUACGAACGUAAAUGCUGGAAGUCGAGUCGGUAUCGUAUGCCUCAAGUCAAACCCACAGAAUUACGCACACCAUAGAUGGUCGGAUAUCAGCAUCGAUAUCGCAAAGGAGUACCGUGGAAAAGGAUACGGCGGCGAAGCAAUUAGGUGGGCGCUGUGGUAUGGGUUUCAAAUGGCAGGGUUGCAUCGCAUCCAAAUUAGUGCCCUCUCGUUCAACACGGGCGCCGAGAAGUUAUACAGGAAGCUGGGAUUCACCGAAGAAGGGAGACAACGCGAGUUCAUGUGGUUUAAUGGCAGCUGGCAUGACCAUAUACUUUUCAGUAUGCUGGAAGAUGAAUGGCGAGAAAUACAAAAGAAAGCUGGAAAGGAGGUGUGAUUCGUGAAUGCUUCUAGUUCUACCUAGGUACCUAGGUACCUAGUAGGUAACUAUCUCCAUUGCUUGCUUACAGAAGCGGGGUCGCAAACGAAGAGGUGUGAAUCCUUCAGAGGGAGAGGGCCUAUGGAUCAGUGGCUAUAGAUUUCAUGUUCAGCUAAUUAGGUGUACCUAGGUCUCAAUUAGAUAGCUAUAUUUCAGCAACAG